AUGUGUAUUCUAAGCUGGAACUGCCGGGGGCUCGGGCGCUCCCGGACAGUUCAGGACCUCGUCUGCCUUGUGCAGAUGCAUCGCCCGAAACUGGUCUUCCUUUCGGAAACUAGACAGGACAAGGAGAUAGUGAGGAGGUUGAGAUGGCGUCUGGGCCUGCGUAAUUGCUUUGCAGUCAAUGGAGAGGGCAAAGGAGGUGGGAUAGCCCUCUUUUGGGAUGAAGCGAUGGAGGUAGAGUUGAAGUCUUAUAAUAAAAGGCAUAUUGACGUGUUGGUUCGGGAGGCACCGGAGAGUGCCAAAUGGCGUGGAACGUUUGUGUACGGCGAGCCUAAAUCUCAGGACAGGCACCAUAUGUGGAUGUUGCUUCGUUGGAUCAAACCAAAUGCAACUGAACCCUGGUUGAUGAUAGGUGACUUCAAUGAAGCAAUGUGGCAGUCGGAGCACUUCUCACACGUGAGGAGACCGGAGGGGCAGAUGAGAGCCUUCCGUGAGUCUCUCUCAUUUUGCGACCUUCAUGACUUGGGAUUCGGGGGCACACCGUGGACGUACGACAAUAAACAGGGAGACGGAAGGAAUGUGCGGGUGCGGCUAGACAGAGCUGUUGCGGAUCCGGCAUGGUCGGCGCGUUUCCCCCUGGCGCAUGUUUCUCACAUCGCGUCGUCGUGCUCCGAUCAUGUUCCGUUGUUACUACUAUGGGAUGAGCCGGAGAGGCCGCGGGCGGCGCCUCGCUGCCGUCGCUAUGAGGCCAUGUGGGAGCGAGACGCCUCGAUGCCGGAUGUGAUAAAGGAAGCAUGGGAGAAAGGGGAAGGAGUUAGUAAUUUGGGGGAUGUCAUGGCAAAGCUACGGUCGACUUUGACCCAGUUACACACAUGGAGUGAUAAGAAGGUCGAGAACGUGAAGAGGAAGUUGGGGAAGUUGAGAAAGAGACUCGGGUCCCUUCGCCAGCAGGGGUUGCUGGACGGAUCUGAUCAAAUACGUGAGUAUCUUUUUUCAAGAGAUGUUACUCUUGACCCUGGGCCUUUGCUGGACAUGUUCUCACUGAAGGUGGAUCAGGAGAUGAGUGAGUCUCUUACGAAGGCUUUCACAGAUGAAGAGAUUUCAGAUGCCUUGUUCCAGAUAGGUCCUACGAAAGCACCGGGUCCUGAUGGAUUUCCGGCUUGCUUUUUUCAAAGGAAUUGGGCUCUGUUAAAGGAGGAUGUGUUAAGAGCUGUUCACAAGUUUUUUGAGGAAUGUGAAUUGCAGGAAGAAGUAAAUGACACUACAAUAGUGAUGAUUCCGAAGCAUUGUGCACCGGAAGAAAUGAAGGACUAUCGUCCUAUCAGUUUGUGCAACGUGGUGUACAAAGUGGUGUCAAAGUGUUUAGUCAACCGUCUCAGACCGCUGCUGCAGGGUUUGAUCUCGGAGCAACAAAGUGCUUUUGUUCCAGGUAGAAUGAUAACGGAUAACGCCUUGAUUGCUUUCGAGUGUUUUCACUCCAUUCAAAAGUGCAGAAGAGAGAAUCAAAAUUUCUGCGCACUGAAAUUAGAUCUUUCGAAGGCUUAUGAUUAUGUAGAUUGGGUCUUCCUGGAGAGAGUAAUAGAGAAGAUGGGCUUCAGCCAAACAUGGAUCAAGUGGAUCAUGAUUUGCGUCACUACUGUUCGCUACAAAGUGCGAUUUAACGGGGAAUUAUUGGAGGCAGUCAGUCCAUCAAGAGGGUUACGCCAAGGGGAUCCUUUAAGCCCGUAUUUAUUUCUAUUUAUUGCUGAUGGCCUCUCAAAUAUCUUGAAAAGAUACUCGGGUGAAGGAAGAAUUCAACCACUAAAGGUUUGUCGGAAGGCACCGGGGGUCUCUCAUCUGUUGUUUGCGGACGAUAGCUUAUUGUUCUUCAAAGCAGAGCUGCAGCAAGCAAGAGCAGUGAAAGAAGCCCUGACUUUAUAUGAAAGGAGCACGGGACAGUUAAUUAACCCAAGCAAAUGCUCCCUGCUCUUUAGUGAUUUUUGUUCGGCGCACCAACAGGAUGAAAUUAAGGAUGAGCUGCAGGUUUCCAGAGCCACAUUUGAGGACAAGUAUCUAGGCUUGCCUACGCCGGAGGGGCGUAUGAAAGCAGAAAAGUUUCAGCCAAUCAGAGAAAGAUUUGCUAAGAGGCUUAGCAACUGGUCAGAGAAAUUUUUAUCUGCAGGAGCUAAGGAGGUGUUGAUAAAGAGUGUGGCUCAAGCACUCCCAAAUUAUGUGAUGGGAGUGUUUAAGUUGCCGCUCCAGACUUGUGAGGUUUAUGAUCGGAUGGUCAGAAAGUUUUGGUGGGGAGAAGACAAAGGGCAGCGUAAGGUGCAUUGGUUGGCCUGGGAGAAGUUAACAUGCCCGAAGUCCUUCGGAGGAAUGGGGUUUCGGAAUAUGAAAUGUUUUAACCAAGCUCUCUUAGCUCGUCAGGCAUGGAGGCUGCUUGUGUACCCGGACAGUUUCUGUGCACGAAUUCUGAAAGCAAGGUAUUACCCAAAUGGAACCCUCACUGAUACUGCCUUCCCGGUGGUUUCAUCACUGUCGUGGAAGGGUAUAGCUCAUGGGCUGGACUUGUUGAAGGAGGGAGUUAUAUGGCGAAUCGGGAAUGGAAAAGAUGUUAGAAUAUGGAGACACAAAUGGGUUCCACAUGCAGGCAAAUUGAAAGUAAUUGAGAAGAAAACUUGGAAUAGGCUCACCUUUGUUCAUGACCUUAUAUUGCCAGGAGAGAAGAAGUGGAACGAACCUUUAAUUCGUCACUUAACUCAUGAUGACGAUGCUGAUGUUAUUCUGAAAUCAAGGAUUCCAGUGCGGGAGAGGGAAGAUUUCCCUGCGUGGCAUUUUGAGAAGAAUGGGGUUUUCUCAGUGAAAAGUGCUUAUCGGCUUGCCUGGAAUUUGUCGGGCCUGAGCUCCAGAUCGCAUUCUUCCAGCUCAGCACCUGAUGGUCAAAGGAAACUAUGGGAAGUGUUGUGGAGGACAGAUGUACUGCCUAAGGUACGUGUCUUUGCAUGGCGUCUUGCCCAUGAUUCGCUGCCAACAAUGAGAAACAAGUGGAGAAGGACUUUGGAGAGUACUGGGGUCUGCAAAAUCUGCGGGCAUGAGGUGGAGGAUGGGCACCAUGCCACUGUCAGGUGCUCAAAAGCAAUGGUACUUCGCCUAGCGGUACGUGAAUACUGGGAGUUGCCGGAUGAAUUUCUUUUGAAAUACACAGGACCAGACUGGCUUUUGGUACUGUUAGAUUCAAUCCCUACGAAAAUGAAGACAAAUCUAUUACUAGUCUUAUGGAGAUCAUGGCACUUGAGGAAUGACAUCAUUCAUGAGAAGGGUCUGGCUUCCAUUGCUGAUUCGGUAUCGUUCUUGAAGAAUUUCAGGGAAACUCUUUCCCCGGUCUGGCAGCAGGAGGUGGAUCAUAAAGGUAAAUUGCCCAUCUCUGAAUGCAUCAUCCCGAAGCCCAUAAGAAGAAACAGGGCCACUUCUGAUGAUGUUGUGUGGAGGCCUCCGCCUGAAGGUUGGGCAAAAAUUAAUGUUGAUGGAGCUUUUAGGCCAGAGAGUGGAGAAGCUAGCGUCGGAAUUAUCGCUAGGGACUGCAGGGGCUUGGUCCUAUACUCUGCAUACAAGGCGGUUCAGAACUGCAAUGCGCCUAUUGAAGUGGAAGCAUUGGCAUGCCUAGAAGGAGCUCGCGCGGCUGCAAAUUGGGUUCAGAUGCCGGUGAUUUUUGAGUCUGACAAUGCCACCGUCAUUCAGGACAUUGUGGCACACCAAGGAAAUCGUGCGGCAUGGUCUCCAAUCAUCGAUGAGAUACAUGGUGUCUAUAGCCGUCUCCAAGAUGUGCAAUGGCACAAAUUAAAGAGAGAUUGUAAUAGGGUUGCUCGUUUUCUAGCUAAGAUGGGCAUGAGCUCCAGACUUUGUUCCGAGUGGAUCCUCCAGGCUCCCCCGGCCAUCUUUGAGCUCCUUGCCCAGGAAUGUAAUACCCUUUUCAGUUAA